AGAGGUUUUAGCGUCCUAUAGGGUCGGUGGCCCCGCAGCCAGCAUUGGAAGCUAAAUUACAUAAUGUAUGGGUCUCGGUUAGUGCAUGCAACAAGUAGAUAUGUGUCGGCGCUCGGCGGUCUAACUGUCAAUGUGGAGUACACACGGUCACUGACAUUAGCACCAACAAUGGACCAGCAAUUUUGUUUGCGCUGGAACAAUCACCCAAACAACCUAACUGAUGUCCUAGCAAGCCUUUUACAGCGAGAAGCCCUAUGCGAUGUCACACUUGCAUGUGAUGGUGAAACAGUCAAGGCACACCAGACGAUACUCUCAGCAUGCUCCCCCUAUUUCGAAAGUAUAUUCAUGCAAAACUCACAUCCGCAUCCAAUUAUAUUCCUAAAAGAUGUGAAAUUCUCAGAAAUAAAAUCAUUACUGGACUUCAUGUACAAGGGAGAGGUAAAUGUUGGCCAAAAUAUGCUACCGAUGUUCCUAAAGACUGCUGAAAGCUUACAAGUACGAGGUUUAACAGAAAAUAAUACAUUACACCCUAAGACGGAAGAGCGGUCAACGCCAUCCGUGAGUGCGGAGAACCUGUCAUCACGUGGGGACUUCGCCACUCCGCCAGUUGCGCAUGCGGCGGGGGCUCCGCUGACGCCUCUCGGGGCUCCGCAGCCCGCGCCUCACGCGCCCCAUGCUGAAAAGAGACGCAGGAAGAACUCCACUGUGCCAAGAGAAGAUAUCGAUUUAUCUUAUCGUCCAUACGAAGGUCAAGUGAAAAGCAGCAAAGGCUCAACGGGCAGUGGCUCGGAGCCUUCGACGCCGCCGCCUGCCCACGCGUUGCACGGGCGCGCGGCAAGAUCGCCCGCCCACACGCCCCUGGUCAAACAAGAGCCGGAUUCGCCCUACCACCACACGAUGCACCCCCCAAGUUACGACCAGACACAUCUGCCGACAAUGGAACGCAUGAACGAGAUGGCGGUGAUGCUCACUCCACACCAACUCGCCAAUGAAUGCAAUGACACAGAGCAGAUCAUACAGCCUCACCCCGACCAGACAGACACCAUUGAUGGCUCGAAGGGCUGGCACAUGCGGCUCACGUUCGAGCGCGUGGCGGGCGCGCUGAACCUGCACCGCUGCAAGCUGUGCGGCAAGGUGGUGACGCACAUCCGGAAUCACUACCACGUGCACUUCCCGGGCCGCUUCGAGUGCCCGCUGUGCCGCGCCACGUACACGCGCUCAGACAACCUGCGCACGCACUGCAAGUUCAAGCACCCGGCCUACAACCCCGACACGCGCAAGUUCGACGCGGCGCCGGCGACCGCGCAGCCGCCACACGCGCCGCUCUUCGCCAAUCACCUCGAGGGCUCCUUCGACUGAUUGUCCAUGUGCUGGCUCGGCCUCGACGCUCUGUGAGCGCGCCCCGCCAGUCGGACUCUCCGCGUGUCAAACUCUUAACGGACCGUCUCGCGUUUCCUAUCUAGGAUUAAGCUAUAGUGCUAUCGCUCGUCGGCGGUGGCCUCUCGUUUUAGUAUUGUCUUGGUUGUGCAUUCGACUUGCCCCAGUGUGACUCUCCGCGGCGGGAAGUCGAUUCCGCCGCGGAAUAAUCUUAUCGGUCGGCGUCUGCGACGCUCUGACCUAUAUGAGUAGUUAAGCAAAUUUUUUUUCUAUACCAAUCGCUAUACGGGAACGGGCAAAAGCAAUAAUAUGAUGUUAAUUUUAUUACCAUAUUAUUUUUAUAUUGUAUCUAUAUACGUCUUAAGCUAUUAAGAAUAUACACUUAUACGAGUAGCGGUUCGACCGCGAAGCGACGCUGGCUAUGGACGGCCCCGGCGACACUCGCCGAACGUCUUAUUAUAUUUAUUCAUUAGAUAGGAAAUUAUGAGUUUCCUGUAGCUAAUUAUAUUUAUGUUCAUAUAUCCUAAGGGUGGUACGGAACGACAUCGGGAAAGAAUAUAAAGAACUGGCAAGAGAUUGUGAUCUGUCGUUGGUCAACGACAUAUAAAUAUUGACUGAAUCUCAGUGUAGAUGCAUUUUUAACUCUAUGAGGCCUUUGAAAGAUGGAGAGAUUAGGGAUUUGUGAUGUAUUACGGAUAGCGCCUAAGGAAUCAUACGAAAAGAUUUUUUUAUACUAGACUAGUUGAUCUAUUUACGGAGAUUGUUUUUUUUUAUACUUAGAUAUAUUCUAUUGUCUGAUUUAAUAUAAUUUUAUUGUUUGUUUUUAUUGAUUCAUCAUUAAUAGUAACAUGAGCGGUUUAUUUGCGUUGAAGCUAAGAGUUAAUAUUUGAGUGGAGAUGUUAAGGUGUUCUAUAAUUUAAUCGUUGGUAGGUGUUUAGUUGUACUGUACGGUGCUUGAGGUCCAAGACCUCUGUCUUACGUUAAGGUAGGCGGGAUUUCGGAGGUUGCAUUUAGUAACUUACGUCGGCAUUCUACGAUUGGGACUAACCUAGCGUUAUAUGUAUUUCUCAAUUAAGGUAUAAGAUUGUUACAUUUUUAGCAAAACACUUUAGAGUGGUACGGUAACUGAAAUGUGAUAAAAUGGAAUGGUGCUAGAACCAAGGGUGUUACGCUACGAUUCGACUCCUAUUGUAAUAUUAAUUAAUGUUUUAUGAUUAGUUACUUUGCGUAAAUGUAAGGCAUCUAGCAUCCAACUGAACGGAUAGAGUGACGUUACACACCUAGAGAUUACAGUAUCACUCGAGAUUUUAUUAAUUUUUUUCAGACCUCUUCGAAUUUUACUAAUGCAUAUUACAUAUGAAUAGUUCGCGUAGAGGCCGUUCGCAUAGAUCGAUCUUAACCAAACCAAGAAUGUUGAUGUACCGCAUCCAAAUAGCCGUGAUUCUCCGACGAAUAAUAGCUAAGUGGCGUAAUUGCUGGAUUAGUAGCUGUGAACAUGCAACUCACUUGUGCAAUUUUUUAACAUAGUCAUAACUCGUACCUAGAUUAUACAAUCUAUUAAAUAUAGGGGCCCACUUGAAAAUAAGCACUAAGCUCCAACGUUCCUUACGGAUUUUAUAUAUAAUAACCAAAAUGUUACUUCCACAAAGAUUUAUAUUUAUUUUUAAGAUUAUCAAAGAUUUUUAUAUCCGUUCAUAUAUUGUGGGCGCUUAUAAUUUGAUAGCAUUUCAUACUCAGUGCAAUAUUACUAGUUAUUUAAUUACGUAACCAAACUAAAUGAUAUUUUAAAGGUAAUUAAUGUCUUUUAAAGAGGAUACCUACCUAUUUGUAUUUACAUGUAAGUGAUCUACUCUCAAUUUCUACGUCUACAUAGCGAAUGAAGUUUGGGUUACGGCAUUGUACAGGUUUUAUAGCUGGUAAUAUUAAGAUUAGCUUGUUUGUCUCUGCCAAUCGUAAUAGUUGUUUAAUUAAUAAUUUAUAAUCGCGCAAGUCGAAUCCUAUUUGGAAUAGAUCAUAGCUAUCCGGUCGGGAGUCUGCCCUUUAGUUCCGCGUUAAACGCUUCUAAUCGUCAAUGCAUUUUUUUAAUAUAUACUGUCACUCGAGACCAAUUUUUUUAAUAUUGAAUUUGCUAAAGCAAAUCCAUUAGUAACAUAGAUUAUUUUAGAUAUUUUAGGUUAGGAUACUAUGAUAGUGUCUGGCCAGAAUAUUUUGGAGUAUCACAUCGUUUGGCUCAGAAUAUAUCUCCCUUUGAUCUCUUUUUUCAGCUUUCAGCAAGUGUGCAACUUAAUAAUACGAUAAACAUUUAAUCGAACUUAAUGAAAGCUUACUUUAUGCCAUAUGGAAUUUUAAACAUAAGGUUAACGAAUUACUAAAAUUAGUCUUAUGAGAAUGGUCUUACCGACCGAGUCACUUUUUUGGCCAACCUAAUUGACUAUUCCAAUUUAUAUUAUAUUAAACUUUACCUUAAUAAUAUCGCAAAGAUGUGAUCUUGUUUGAAUCAAUGGAGUGCAGGAUUAGCUCUGGGUAAUUCAGGAUAGCAAUGGUCUAGUUAUGUUCUAUUUUGUUUAUUAAUUUUAACGUUAGCCAAUUUGUUAUAGUUUCGUGUAUCACAAUAGUGUUAUACUAAUAGGAGCGGGGGCGUCAAAUCUACGUAGCUCUGACGAAGUCGGGCUUGUUAUAUUUUUACAUUCAAUUUUGUAUGAGCGAUUUGUUGUUUAUAAAUAUUUUUGAUGUCUUGGUUUGAUGCCUCCAUUAAAACUUUAAUUUUAAAUAAUUUUGUUUUAUGCAAGCAGUUAAUGCAAUUUUUAUUUCACAUUGUUUGAUGUUAUGUAAUGCAAUUUUAACAUGUUGCAAACUCCUGCAUUUAUCUGUUGUAUUUAUUACUAAUUUUUACAUUAAAUUGUGGUAUGUUACAAU